AUGUCGUUCUCUUCGCUGGUCUCAGACCUGGCGUUUCGGGACAGCAAUCCCAACGACCAAGCUUCACGCGCCUCGAGACCGUCCGCAAGAUCAACCGCAGGUUCAUACGCCAAAUCGUACGCAAGUACGGCGGCAACGAGCGUCAGCAUUUCGGGCGACAUCUCGAGUCAACUCCAUGGAGGUUAUAGCCAUCCGCUCACACGGUCCUGGCAGGCCGAGAGACAAUUAACGAAGUCAAUGCUCAUCUACCCCCUCUUCAUAUCCGACCAAGCUGAAGAAGAGACCCUCAUUCCCUCCCUUCCCAACCAACAUCGCCGCGGCAUCAACAAACUCAUCCCUCACCUCGAGCCUCUUGUACGGAAAGGCCUCCGUUCCGUAAUUCUCUUCGGUGUCCCUAUCGCGCCAAACGUUAAAGAUGCCCUCGGUACCGCAGCGGACGACCCUCAGGGUCCAGUCAUUCAAUCCAUCCGUCUCCUCCGCGCCCGCUUUCCCACUCUCUUCAUCGUCACCGACGUCUGCCUCUGCGAGUACACUUCCCACGGCCACUGCGGUAUCCUGCGCGAGGACGGUAGUCUCAACAACAGCCUCUCCGUCGACCGCAUAAGCGAUGUGGCUAUGGCGUACGCAGAAGCAGGCGCCCAUUGUGUGGCACCAUCAGACAUGAACGACGGUCGUAUCCGGGCUAUAAAGCUCAAGCUCAUCGAGGCCGGCAUAGCGCACAAAGUUGUCCUCAUGUCCUACUCUGCCAAGUUUUCCGGCUGUCUCUACGGUCCUUUCCGAGACGCAGCGGGUUCCUGCCCUUCCUUUGGCGACCGCAAAUGCUAUCAAUUACCGCCGGGCGGUCGAGGUCUGGCUCGGCGGGCGAUACAUCGCGAUAUCCAAGAAGGUGCUGAUAUCAUUAUGGUGAAGCCUGCGAGUUCGUAUCUCGACAUCAUUAGCGACGCAAAGGAGAUAGGAAAGGACAUGCCGAUCGCGGCGUAUCAGGUUAGUGGGGAAUUUGCUAUGAUUCACGCAGCGGCAGCUGCAGGGGUGUUUGAUAUCAAAACAAUGGCAUUUGAAAGUACGGAGGGCAUAUUGAGGGCAGGGGCAACCAUUGUGGUGUCUUAUUUUACGCCGCAAUUCUUGGAUUGGCUGUCUAGUUGA